CGUUAUUGUCACAUAAUGGCAGCGGUAGAAGACGUUUUGAAGGAUACGGCUAGUAAGGAACCCCAGGCCACCCUGGAGUUAGAAACACAAUUGAACCACAUCACGUUGGAUGACGAAGAUGAAGAACCAUUGGAGGUAGAUGACUCUGAUGUAGACGUGCUUCGCAUGGAGGCAGUUCGUCGUUUGGGACUGAUUGGACACCUCUUAUAUGAAAAAGAACCAAACAUCAAGUCAAUGAAGAUAGCGUUAGCAAAAGCAUGUAAGUUAAGAAAGGCUUUCCAGAUUACAGAGCUGGGAGAUAUGUUGUUUGUUUUCCAGUUUCUAGGUAUGGAUGAUAGGAAUAAAGUUUGUUAUGGGGGACCUUGGCACUAUGAGAAUUCCCUUAUUGUGUUCAAGGCAAGCACAAUGAUUCAGAAACCAAAUUGUGAGGAUCUGCACUUGAUCGAUCUAUGGAUACGUGUUGAGGGCUUACCAGCGGAGCUACGAACACAAAAGAUUGUUGAAAAGAUUGUUACAAGAUUUGGAGGUCUAGAUUGGUUUGAUAAUGGAGUUGGAACAAUGUGGGAUGAUUACAUGUGAUUAAGGGUUUAUCUAUCGAUAAACAACCCCCUAAAGAAGAAGAUUAAACUGAACAUCUCAGGGGAACUGGUGGAAUAUCCAAUUAAGUACGAGAAGCUACCCAUGUUCUGCUAUUCAUGUGGGAAAAUUGGGCAUCAUAAAUUGAAGUGCAAGGUAAAGCCAAAACCAGCGUUAGAUCCUUUUGGAUAUGAGUUAAGGGUGGCAACCCCGGGGCAAAAAAAUUGGCUCUCAUAUACAGCCAAGAAAGAGGAUGCAGAAGUGUGGGACGCUUUGAAACAAAAAUUUGAAAUGGAGAGCAUUGGCUCAAACUCUGAUCACGAUAUGGUCCUAGAACAUGAGGACACUAAACAGAUGGAAGAGGAUACACCAAACCAGAAGAGGGUUGCAGGGACGACACAGGUUCAGGAGGCUCCCGCAGUUGAACAGCCAAAGGAGCUUGCUGUGACUAAACAGGCACCCACUCAAGAAAUUAAACAACAACGCAGAAGUAUACUGGAGCCCUAAAGAAGUUUGUGAUGGAAAGUGAGGAAGGAAAGAGGACUGGUAGGAGUACUGCCAGAGUUUGGAGAAGGCAGGAGCAAAGGUAGCCAAAACCAUCUACGGGUGUCUAGCUAACCCCACAUAAAAGACAUGCAACAUAUCAAGAACAAGGGGAAGGAAAAGAGGGACACAAAUCAGAGGCUGCAAAGAAGGCAAGAACACUAAAUUUUCCUGGACUGGAAGGACAAGAGAAUAGAAACCAAAACAACACAUUGGAUGGCGGUGUGGCGCGAAGCCUAUUAAAGAGAAGGCUUGCCAGCUCAAUGAGUAACUUGUGCUAUAAUUGUUGGGGUUUGGGGAGUCCCCUGGCAAUUAAAAAGCUGGAUCGUCUGAUCCAAAGAGAAAACCCCAAAGUGAUCUUUCUUAUGGAAACCAAGAAGAAGGAAAAUGAACGAGAGGAGGUUGUUAAUAAGUUUCAAGGUUAUAAGGGUUUUGGUGUGGGUUCGGAAAGAAGAGCAGGAGGUUUGAUAGUACUAUGGCAUGAAGAUAUUCAGUUGAAAAUCAAGGGGUGUUCAGCAAAUUACAUAAACAUGAAGAUUGAAGAAGAUGGUAACAUUUGGCGAUGGACUGGAGUCUAUGGUUGGCCUGAACAGAGGAAAAAGCACCUGACCUGGGAUCUGCUCAGGUAUUUAAAAUCUCUAACCGAUGUGCCAUGGAUGUGCUGUGGGAAUUUCAAUUUAAUCAAACACUAUGCGGAAAAGAAAGGUAAACAACCAGCGAAUGGUUUCAAGAUAGAUGGUUUCAAUAGAGCUCUUGAGGACUGUCAGUUAGAGGAUUUAGGUUUCUAUGGUAACCAUAUACGUGGGAUAAUAACCACAAAGAUGAGACCUACUUAGAGAAAAGACUAGAUAGAAUGGUGGCCACAGAGUCAUGGAGGAAACUAUACCUUGAAGUUGGGGUGUAUCAUCUCAGAUGUUGUGGUUCUGACCACAAUCCCAUCCUCUUGAAAACGAAUGUGCUAGUGGAGGAUGUGAAAUGGGCCACUACUUCAAAUUUGAAGCUUUCUGGCAGGAUCAUGAAGACGGUAAGCAGUUUAUUAAGGAAGGCUGGGAAGCAGAUAAAUAUGGCUCAACAAUCGGAAGAAUCAGAAUCUGUUAAGAGAGGCUAAGGAGUUGGAGCAAACAGACCUUUGGCAGUAUGAAAGCUCGAAGAAUAAAGACAGAAAAUGCUUGGAGAAGAUUGACAAAAUGAAUAAAAAUGAAGCAAUCCUGGCACAAAGACGAGUUAUUGAGAAUGAGCUGGAAGAGAUUUUGCUCCAGGAGGAAUUGAUCUGGAAACAACGAUCCAGAAAUGAAUGGUUGAAACAUGGGGAUAAGAACACGAAUUCUUCCAUAGACGAGCUUCAAAUAGGAGAGCUAAAAAUAUGAUUAAAAAACUUAAGGAUGAACA